AUGACACUGUCUAAAAUAGUUGAUAGAAGUUUACCACUUGCCAAUGGUAUAUCCUAUCCUCUGCUACCAUCGACCAUUACAACUCUCGAGAUUGAGCAUUAUGACCAGUCAGUCAAAGGUGCACUUCCACAAUCUCUAGACCGUCUCGUACUCUAUCUUAACCCGUCCAACACCUCUGUCAUCCAUCUACCCCCUCACCUAACUCAUCUUACACUUAAAGGUUGUCUCAAACAAUCUUGGACAUCAAUCUUUCCACAACCUCUAAAAAGUUCAAGAGAUAAUGAUAAUAAUAAUAGUAUGGGACUACUACCAUUAUCAUUGACUCAUCUUUCAUUGUUGGUGACAACUAGAAAUAGUCGACUUGAUGAAAGAGUAUUUCCACCUCGAUUGACACACCUCAAAUUUGGAGAUAGUUUUGAAAUUACUCAAAUCAAAACACUGGCAUUACCAGAUAGCCUGUCGUAUCUUUGGUUUGGCAAAUCCUUUAACCUCCCAUUUGGCAAGAAUGUACUCCCACCUCACCUCAAGUUCCUUCGUCUCGGGUCAGAGUAUGUCAACCCACUACAGAAUCUACCCAAAUCAAUUGAAACCCUCUUAAUUGAUUUAUCUAAACACAUUCGUAAACACUCUUUUUACGAUGUAAUACCACUGUUUAGCAAUGCAUUAGGAACCUAUCUAGGAAUGUUUCUACUUUCUCUUAGAGAAACAAAAAAAAAAUCAUUCAAAAUGGAGAAUCAAAAUCAAGAAGGAACUUCACAAAGAGCAAGUGAAUUCCCACCAGCUGAGAGUUUCCCACUCUCGACACCAGCACAAGCCACCAAUGUUGACUCACAGUCGUUGAUGGAAAAGGAACAAAACUUGAUGCGUUGGGAACAAGAGUUGAGAGAACGUGAAAGAAUCUUGCAACAACAACACAACGACCAAUUAUUGCACACCAAUGCCGCCGGAGGAUCUGUCGCUGCCGUCCCCGUCGUCCAUGCCGGUGACUCGACCUACAACCACAACGCCGGUACCGCCGGUAUGGGUCCACAUGGAGAUGUCCGUGGUCCAACCACCUACCAAUACGAACCACUCGGUGAAGCCAACUACCCAUCGUUCUUCCCAGUGACACGUUUCGCCGUCGAGGAGGAUAUUCCAUAUGCCAACCGUCGUCUUGUCCGUCUCUCGGCCGUCACAUUUGCUGCCUGUGCCGUCGCUCUCAUCUGGAACUUUGGUGUGUCCAUUGGUGCCCUCACCAUUGGUGCUCACGGUAACUUCUUUGUUGCCCUUUUCUACAUGCUUGCCGGUAUCCCCAUCUGUUACUUUGUCCACCGUCGUCUCUACCGUGCCGCUCGUACCGGUGAACCACAUGCCCAAUACAAUUUCCUUGCUGCUUACAUGGGUCUCUUGGCCUUUAACUUUAUUUUCUGGUUAGGUUUCAAGAAGUCUGGUAUGCAUGGAUUGAUUUGGAUGAUUAAUUUGUUCCACAAUGAUCAUAAUGCAGUCGGUGCUCUUAAUGUCAUUUCACUCUUCUUCUUUACCGUUACGUUGAUCCUUGUCGCUGGUAUCUUCUUCAAGGUACUCAGAACCACCUACACCAAGCGUAACACUGGAGAGCAUAACAUGUCCUUCAAGAGUUACUUGAAGAGUAGAUAA